AUGACACAGUACAUUCUUGGCGAGCUUAUUGGAUCAGGAACAUAUGGAGAUGUUUAUGAGGCUUUCAACGCAGAAACAAGAGAGCGUGUUGCAUUGAAGAGAAUAAGACUCAAUGAGCGUGAGGGAAUGCCAGGAACGGCUCUCCGCGAAAUAUCAAUCCUCAAAAGACUGGAUCAUACAAAUAUCAUACGUCUCAUCACAAUAAUUCACACUGACACACUCUUGACAAUGGUAUUCCCAUAUAUAGAAUACGAGCUGAAGAACUACAUACUAAUCCAUCAGAAUGCGGAUAGGAUGAACUUGAUCGCACAGCUAGCAUGUGGCAUCGAUUAUUUACACAAAAUGAAUGUCAUACACAGAGACAUCAAACCACAGAACAUACUGGUUACACAUGACGGAGUGCUCAAAAUAGCAGACUUCGGACUCUCUAGAAACAUGGAGGUUCGAGUUCCUCCAUACUCUAGCGAGGUUGUUACUCUAUGGUACAGGUCUCCAGAGCUGUUGGUCGGAAACACAAGCUAUAGAUUCUAUAUUGACAUAUGGAGUUUGGGAUGUGUAGUAUAUGAAAUAAUGACCAUGGAACCUCUCUUUCCUGGAGAAAGCAAAGAGAAUCAACUGGCAUUGAUUAGGCGAAUAGCAGGUGCUCGUAAACCACUUAUGAAGUUUAUUGAGUCGAAAGAAAUCCCAGAGACCAUUUCAAACAUAAUAAUGGGAUGUAUCGAUCUCAAUUACGAGACUAGAAUAUCCAUGAAUGAAAUAUUGCGGUUUUUACAUAGUGAAGGAUACUCUGGUGUUUAUUCAGAUGUAUCUAGAGAUAUUGAGAGCGUUCCUGUGAUUCAUUCAAAUUUCAACUCCAAAAGGCCCCAAAACGAUGUAUGA